AUGGUCCAUGCAGGACCUACUCCUACAGAACCAGAGUUGCCUAGGCGCGCUGAUUCUCUACCUACGGUGACCGCGUCCGGGAAUGCUUUCUGGGCCGGCGAUAAACGAUUCUAUCUUCGAGGCAUUGACUACCAACCUGGUGGUUCUUCUGACAAUAUUGAUCCUCUUGCCGACACGGACCUUUGUAAGAGGGAUAUCGCUAAGUUCAAGGAUCUUGGCGUGAACACAGUUCGUGUAUACUCUGUCGACAAUUCGGCCGAUCACUCCGAGUGCAUGAAAGCCUUGAGUGAUGCGGGGAUCUACCUGGUCCUCGAUGUCAACAACCCGCAGUAUUCCAUAAACCGAGACAAGCCAGGACAGUCGUAUAACGAUGUUUACCUCCAGAGCGUUUUUGCUACCAUUGACGAAUUUGCCAAAUACGACAAUACGCUUGCUUUCUUCUCCGGCAAUGAAGUCAUCAACGACAAACCUGAAUCCGUAAAAUCAGCCCCUUACGUUAAAGCUACUACCCGUGACAUGCGACAGUAUAUCGGCUCUCAUGGCUACCGUAAAAUUCCUGUCGGUUAUUCAGCAGCCGAUGUGAGCAACAAUCGAAUGCAGACCGCCCACUACUUCAACUGCGGAUCCGACGAUGAGCGCAGCGACUUUUUCGCCUUCAACGACUACUCUUGGUGUGCUCCAUCCUCCUUCCAGCAGUCUGGUUGGGAUCAAAAGGUGAAAAACUUCACCGGGUAUGGUUUGCCUAUCUUCUUGUCGGAGUGGGGUUGCAUAAAGGGCACCCGUGACUUCGAGGAGUUAAGCGCAUUGAUGAGUGAUCAGAUGUCCGCUGUUUACUCAGGUGGCCUCGUGUACGAGUACAGCAGAGAAGGCAAUGGAUUCGGUAUCGUUGAGCUCUCUGGCAACUCUGACUCGGUCAAGGAUGAACCCGACUUCGACAGGCUGGCGUCGGCUUUGUCCAAGUACCCGGCACCGACCGGCGGCGGAGGUUUCACAUCUACUACUACCUCGGUUGCAUGCCCAACAGUCGAUAGUGUUUGGGAUCUUGGUGACUGGGAUGCGAGUGCACUUCCCGCAAUCCCUCCGGGAGCGCAGAAGUACAUGACCGAGAAAGCUGGUAAGGGACCAGGCCUCAAAGGCGCUGGUUCUCAAGAUGCUGAGGGUACUUCUACUGGAACUGCUUCACCUGGUUCUGGAUCUGUAACUGCAACCCCAUCCGGUGACAAUGACAAUGCCGCCGGCCGACCCGCUCCCCCGAUGGACAUGAGCAUUUUCGCUCUUGCUGGUAUUGUUGGCCUUUUCACCCUUGGCGGCACGCUGUUGCUAUAG